GGUCCUAUUUUCGGUUCAGGCAGAUUUGGCAGAUUCAGGCAGUUUUCGAGUCUUUCGAAUAGUGGUGGGGCGGAGAAGUGGAGUGUCUUGUGGUUGUGUAUACCGGAGACUGAACGUUCUUUAAAUGGUCUAUUUGUUGGAUGAAGUUGUAACCUUAAAAGUUGACGUUAAAGUAGCCGUUAAAAACCAUGUGCAAAUUGUCUGUCCCAACCUGUAAACUUCAAGUUUUUAGUGUUUAAAAUAAAAUAUAUGUGUAUCAAAACUAGUGAACGUAUUUUUGAUUGCGGCGAAAGGAUGCUGAUAAACUUAUAAAGCCGUUCAUAUAAAUGUUCAAAAAAUACCUAUUAAGUGAGACGUGAUACGUUAUAACAUAAUCGUGAUAAUGUCUUACAAUUCUUCACUUGAUGACUUCUGCGGAUCUACAUUUUGGGAUAGUAACUUAACUUGGUACACAGAUAAUCCAGAAUUUACACCAUGCUUUGAGAAGACUGUUCUUGUUUGGACACCUUGUCUCUUCUUAUGGGUCGCAGCUUUAUUAGAAGGUUUUUAUAUUUUAAACAGCAAGGAGAGGAAUAUACCAUGGAAUAUACUUAACAUCAGUAAAUUAGUUAUAACAUGCCUUCUGAUUGUGUUAAAAUUUGUGGACUUGGGUGUAACAGUCCAUAAGUCCUCAAAAGAUGAGGAGGUGUUCAACGCUGAUUAUUACAGUCCCAUUAUCAAGAUACUCACAUUUGCACUCUCAGCAACUUUGUUAUACUAUAAUAGAAAGUUCGGUAUGAGAGCUUCGGGUGUUUUGUUCUUCUUCUGGUUACUUUUAAUCCUGGCAGGGUUACCACAACUUAGAUCUGAAGUAGUAGCACAUUAUAAGUUGAUGGAUGAUGAAAAUGUACAAUAUAACUUUGUCAGUUACAUGAUAUACUAUCCUAUGAUUAUUUUGAUGUUCAUACUAAAUUGUUUCGCCGAUUUACCGCCAAAAGACACGCCGUAUAAAUAUGAAAAGAACCAAUGUCCAGAGGGCGCCGCCGGGUUCCCAAGCCGUCUUACAUUCAGUUGGUUCGAUCCCCUCGCGAUCACAGGUUUCCGACGUAGUUUAACCGAAUCCGACCUUUGGGCUCUCAAUCCACCGGACUCGUCCAAAGAAGUUGUGCCUAGAUUCGAUAAAUACUGGGCUAGAAUACUACAGAAAAGAGAAAUCGCGAAUGGUACAAAAGCCACGUACAGCAAGACAUCGGCCAGUGUCAACUUCAAGCCAGAGAAUGAAAAGAAACCAGCCUCAAUCCUGCCUGCUUUGUGUCUCGCGUUCGGCGGGCAGUUCCUCUUCGGUGCCUUACUCAAACUCUUCAAUGAUACACUCAUGUUCCUCUCGCCGCAACUGUUGAAGGUUCUAAUAGAAUUCGUUAAAGGUGACGAACCGGUAUGGAAGGGCUACGUAUACGCCGUGGGGCUUUUAGCUUGUGCUACGGUACAGACUAUGUUGUUGGCGCAUUAUUUUACGAGAAUGUACUUUGUGGGUAUGAGAAUAAGGACCGCACUCACCAGCGCCAUCUAUAGAAAGUCUCUGCGAAUGUCCAACGCAGCGAGAAAGGAGUCCACCGUCGGAGAAAUCGUUAACCUGAUGUCGGUUGACGCACAAAGGUUUUUAGAGUUAACCGCGUAUUUAAAUAUGAUUUGGUCUGCACCGCUACAAAUAGCCUUAGCCCUGUAUUUUCUAUGGGGUAUUUUAGGUCCGUCAGUACUAGCUGGGCUGGCUGUCAUGAUAGUACUUAUUCCCGUGAAUGGUUUAAUUGCGAACAGAGUUAAAACAUUACAAAUAAAACAGAUGAAAUACAAAGACGAAAGAGUCAAGCUGAUGAACGAAGUACUUAACGGAAUUAAGGUUCUCAAAAUGUACGCAUGGGAACCGAGUUUCGAGGACCAGAUACUUAAAAUAAGAAACAAAGAAAUGGUUGUUUUGAAGCAAACUGCAUAUCUUAAUUCUGCAACAUCUUUCAUAUGGUCGUGUGCUCCGUUUUUGGUGACCUUCCUUACUUUCUUCACAUAUGUGAUAUCAGACCCUGAGAACAAUGUCCUGGCCCCGGACAAAAUAUUCGUGUCGAUGUCCCUGUUUUUUGUAAUGCACUUGCCGUUAGGUCUGCUGCCGCUCAUCGUGGUGUCAGUGAUCGAGACGUCCGUUGGUAUUAAAAGAUUAAAUAAGUUCAUGAACUGCGACGAACUCGACGUUAAUUCAGUGGAACACGACAAAAGUGAACCGGACCCUCUUGUGAUCGAAAAUGGUCACUUCUCAUGGGGCGAGGAGCAACCGGUGUUACGGAACAUCAGUGUGCGCAUCCCGCGGGGCUCGUUGGUGGCUGUCGUAGGCGCUGUAGGCUCCGGCAAGAGCUCCCUGCUCGCCGCGUUGCUCGGUGAGAUGGACAAGAUCUCCGGACGAGUUAAUACACUGGGCAGCAUAGCAUACGUACCGCAACAAGCUUGGAUACAGAACGCGACUCUACAAGAUAACAUACUAUUCGGCAAACCAUUAGAAAAGGCGAAGUACAGCAAUGUAAUCGGCGUAUGUGCUCUCAAGCCCGACUUCGACGUUUUGCCCGGCGGAGAUCAGACAGAGAUCGGAGAAAAGGGUAUUAAUUUAUCAGGAGGUCAGAAGCAGCGAGUAUCACUCGCUAGAGCAGUGUACCAUGAUGCUGAUAAUUAUUUCCUCGACGACCCUCUCAGUGCUGUAGACUCGCAUGUUGGCAAACAUAUCUUCGACAAGGUAAUAGGUCCGAGUGGGCUACUGAAGGACAAGACUCGCGUGUGGGUGACCCACAACGUGACGUACCUCGCACAGACGGACCUGGUGCUGGUGCUACGUGACGGACAGGUCUCUGAGGCGGGCACCUACCAGCAGCUGCUGGAAAAGAAGGGUGCCUUCGCCGACUUCCUGCUGCACCAUCUCAGUGACGCUGAGAGGACCUCGCCUGAAGAACUGGACGAGAUCAAGCAAGAGUUGGAGAGCAAGUUGGGGUCAGAGUUCCAGAACAAGCUGCAGCGCGCUCGCUCGCUCUCCGAGAGCGCGUCCGAGUCGGACCAACCGGCCGCCGGUGAUAGAACCGGCAGCGUGAAGCGACGCACGCCUGAAGAGAGCACUCCCAAUGAACUUAAAGAGAAGAACAAACUUAUUGAAGUUGAGAAAACCGAGACGGGCAGUGUAAAAUGGACGGUAUACAAACACUACCUGACGAGCGUGGGCGUGCUGGCCUCCGUGGUGACCAUCCUCAUGAACCUCGUGCUGCAGCUGUUCCAGGUCGGCUCCAACUACUGGCUCUCCGAGUGGUCCAACGAUAAAACUAUCAUCUCAGAAAAUGGUACUUUGGACAAGAGCAAACGAGAUCUAUAUCUGGGAGUAUACGGCGGUCUCGGUGUUGGACAAGUGGUGUCAGUGUCGGUGUCGUCGCUGGCGCUGUACCUGGGCACGCUGGCGGCGGCGCGGGCGCUGCACGCGGGACUGCUGGCGGGCGUGCUGCGCGCCCCCACCAUCGGCUUCUUCGACUGCACGCCCGUCGGCCGCGUGCUCAACCGCUUCAGCAAGGACGUCGACGUGCUAGACAACGUGCUGCCCAUGACGCUCCGCGGCUGGACCUCGUGCUUCUUCUCGGUAUUGGGCACGUUGUUUGUGAUAAGUUUCUCGACGCCGAUCUUCAUGAGCGUGAUACUGCCGAUCGGGCUGCUGUACUACGUCAUCCAGCGCUUCUAUGUGGCCACCUCGCGACAGCUCAAGAGGCUGGAGUCUGUCUCCCGCUCGCCUAUAUACUCGCACUUUGGGGAGAGCAUCACUGGAGCCACUACGAUACGAGCAUACGGUGUCACCAACAGAUUCGUGGAGGAGUCAGAGCGGGGCGUGGACCACAACCAGUCGUGCUACUACCCGAGCUGCAUCGCCAACAGGUGGCUGGCGGUGCGGCUGGAGAUGAUUGGCAACUUCAUCAUCUUCUUCGCGGCGCUGUUCGCAGUGCUCGACAGGAGCUCCACCAACCCCGGACUUGUCGGUCUCUCUGUUAGCUACGCUCUGCAGAUUACACAAACACUCAAUUGGUUGGUGCGUAUGACAUCUGAGGUGGAAACAAACAUUGUUGCUGUGGAGAGAAUAAAGGAGUACGCUGAAACUGAACAGGAGGCAGCAUGGACGGUGGGCAACGGACCAGGUGCAACGUGGCCGGAGACAGGAGCGCUGCAGCUGGAGCGGCUGACACUGGGGUACCGCUCGGGGGAGCCGGCACUGAGAGAUCUCACCUGUGCCGUCGCGCCCAGGGACAAGCUCGCCAUUGUUGGCCGCACCGGCGCCGGCAAGUCCACCCUCACACUGGGACUCUUCAGGAUAGUGGAGGCGAUGAGCGGCAAGAUCCUGAUCGACGGCAUCGACAUUUCCACUAUCGGGCUGCACCAGCUGCGGUCACGUAUCACCAUCAUCCCGCAAGACCCGGUGCUGUUCUCGGGCACGCUGCGCAUGAACCUCGAUCCCUUCGAUGCCUACACCGACGAGGAAAUCUGGCGUUCGCUAGAGCAUGCGCAUCUUAAGACCUUUGUUCAAGGUUUGCAAGCCGGUCUCCGGCACGAGAUAUCUGAGGGCGGGGAGAACCUGUCCGUGGGUCAACGGCAGCUGGUGUGCCUGGCGCGCGCGCUGCUGCGCAAGACGCCGCUGCUCGUGCUCGACGAGGCCACCGCCGCUGUAGACCUCGAGACUGAUGAACUUAUACAGAAAACAAUUCGUUCAGAAUUCGCUUCAUGCACGGUACUAACGAUUGCUCACCGUCUCAACACGAUAAUGGACUCAACACGCGUGAUGGUGCUGGACAAGGGCCAGCUGGUAGAGUACGCGCCACCGGAACAGCUGCUGCAGGAUAAGACCUCCGUCUUCUAUGGCAUGGCCAAGGAUGCUGGCCUCGUCAAUUAAACUCAGUUUACACACAUCUUGAUGCAACGACAUUAUAAUAAAAAAAGUCCAAUCCAAACUUAUUUUAGAUAUUUUGUAGUCUAGAAUGGCUACUGUUCAAAAUGAUGAAAUAAACAUUUUGAUAAAAAAUAAUAAUUUAACAGUUUACUAUUCUCACAUCUUUUUAUUGUAAGUAUCAGGGAUUGUGUGUUUUAACGUAAUUGCACAUGUAGGUAAUAAAAUUAAAAAAGUUUGGAUUUAUAAUUCAAGUAUCAAGAUGUGUUGAACUACUAUAAGAUAGCUUCUCCUAUAAACUUGUUAAAAAAAAGUGUUUAAAAUAUACAUUUAGAUGUAUAACUAAUGCUCGAAACAGAUCAAUUAACUUUAUAAAAGUAUUAUUUUUGUAUGAUUAGACGUACUCGAGUACAAAACUAUAUCUCGUCAUCGAAUAUCGCCUUAACAUCCUUUUUAUUUUUAAACAAGAGGUUUUAUGAAAAAAAAAACUACCGUUAGAACUGUAACAGUGUUAAAUAACAGCUACAUUUAUAAAAUUUAAAUCAUCAAAAAUAUUAAAGUUUCAAUGUCUGGUUUACAUUAUGCCAGUACAGUGGGACAGUAGCACUGGCUUGGCAUAUACUGGUUACAUGUAAACUAGACUUAUCUUUGCUGCCAGUGAAAAAUCUUGUGAUUUGUUUUUAUAAAACCUCAUGUUAUCGUGAAACAGACUGUAGUUACCACAAAGGCCGCCCCUAUACUUAAUUUAUAGAUGUAGACCUAAUUAUUUCGAAUCGAAUUUUACAAACAACUCAAUUUUUUUUUUCGGAUAAAUGUUAAAUAUGGUUGCGAAUAUAAUUCUCGAAUUUUCUGAAUUUGUGAUAAUGUAAUAAAAAUCUUGUACUUAUUAUAAAGUUGCAGCGUUUAAGCUUUAAAACUGCCUUGUGAUCCCAAGUGGUAUCAAACUUAAUGUCGUGUUUAAUUGCCAUACUAACUGCUAUAGAGUUGAUUAAUGUUUAUUUAAGCAGUCUCGUACUGUAGCUAAUCUGCAAUUUUUACUAAAUUAUCUUCAAUCCAUACAAGAUUGUCAGCAAUCUACACUAGAUUAUGUUCAAUCCACACUGGAUUAUUUUCUAUCUACACUGGAAGUGAUCCUUAGCGACUAAUUAACGAUUUUCAGUGUGGCAGAAGACGUCUAAAUAGUUACUUAAACAGUUCCUUAGUGCUUACAUUGAACCUAAGGGUAUCCCUUAAUGAUGAUUUAAGUGUAACAGUAAGUAAUCAUUAAAUAACUCUAUUGCAGUAAGUUUGCUUUGGUACUAAUGUUAUUUAAAUAUAAGAUAUAUAUGGAGGUUAUGCAAAGUGUUGAAGCCCGCUACAUCACAAUUUAAGUUAUAUUAAGUUACUGACUUAUCACAACAUUGUACUUAGUUUUAUUUCCAAUUAUAUGUUUUAUUUUUA